UUUUUCUUUCUUCGAUUGUCCUUCACUGAAUCUACACCACCUCCCUCUCUCAAUACCUUCCAACGCCAAACAGACAACAAUGCGCUCAAUCCAAUCCCUCUCCCACGGCCUCCGCGCCCUCACCCAGCGCUCCCUCCCCCGCGCAGCAACCAUCUCCAACGCCAGCGCCAGCGCCGGCGCCACUUUUCUCACACCCGCAUCCUCAUUUUCAUCCAUAUCAGCAUCAGCGUCAUCGCGCACAUUCACCCACCUCGCCCCUUCCUCCCCGCUCGCAACCACAAGAACCACAACUAAAACCACCGCACUCCUCUCCGCGCGCCACAACUCCACCACCACCACCACCACCAGCCAACCAGAUCCCACCGCCACCACCGAGGAGAGCAACACCAGCACCAACGAAAGCAACACCAACACCCUCACCGACCGCCACGGCGACGCCGCCACCGACGCGGCGCACGCGGAGCAGAACCGCCUCCGCCGCGAGCAGGAGCCCGCCUACCAGAUCACCUUCACCUGCAAGCCGUGCGGCGGGCGGUCGUCGCACCGCAUGUCCAAGCACGGCUACCACCGCGGCACCGUGCUGAUCCAGUGCCCCACCUGCAGCAACCGGCACGUCAUCGCCGACCACCUGAACAUCUUCUUCGACGAGAAGAGCACCCUCGAGGAUAUCCUGGCGCGCCAGGGGGACAAGCUGAUGCGCGGGUACACCAAUGGGGACAUGGAGUUCUGGGAGAAUGGGGAGGGGAAGGAGGCGGAGGCUGCGGAUGGAAAGAACAAGGGUGGGGAGGCUGGGCAGGCGCAGAGUCGGAUUGCUUGAUUUUUUUUCCCGGGCUGAGGUUGUGCUGUAUGAUCAAGUGAAGGGGGAAAAGAAAAAGUGGGGGGUUGUGAAAUUCUGCUGGAGGUAUUCCGCAAAGCGUGGAGCGUGGUGCUAGAGGCGUUUUGGAUCCUUGUCUGUCAUGGACGUGUUUGGGUUGGGCUACUUGCUUCUGUGGAUAGAAUUUUGGGGAGGUUCAGGUGCAAUGACACUCUGCUCUACAUACUUACUUAGGGCUGGACUCUGAAA